AUGUCCAAGGUCUUUACUGUUUUCGGCGCCACCGGCAACCAGGGCGGCUCCGUCAUCAGAGCCGUCCUCGCAGACCCCGUCCUGUCCAAGGAAUACAAACUCCGCGGCGUCACUCGCGAUGUCAGUAAACCGGCCGCCCAGGCACUCACUGCCAAGGGCGUCGAAAUGGUCAAAGCCGACAUGUCUUCCCCCGAAGCAGCCGCGCCAGCCGUGCAAGGCGCCCACUCCGUCUUCCUGGUGACCAACUUCUGGGAGAGCAUGUCGGACAAGAUUGAAAUCGCGCAGGGCAAGGCCGUCACGGACGCCUCCAAGGCCGCCGGCGUCAAGCACAUCAUCUUCUCGUCCCUCAUCAACGUCACCGAGGCCAGCAAAGGACGCCUCAGCCACGUCACUCACUUUGACGGCAAAGCCAAGAUUGAGCAGUACAUCCGCGGCAGCGGCAUCCAGUCCACCUUUGUGCAGCCCGGCAUGUUCAUGAGCGGCUUCGUGAGCUUCAUCCGGAAGCAGGACGACGACAGUCGGGCCUGGGCCAUGCCCGAGGGCGUCAAGGCCGACCAGGCCAAGAUCCCGCUGUUUGACGCAGCCACCGACACUGGCAUCUUCGUCAAAGCCGCGCUGAAGAGCACCGCUGAUGGCAGCAUCAUCCGUGCCGCCGCUGACUACUACACUCCGUCCCGCAUCAUAUCCGAGUUUGAGCAAGUCACUGGCAAGAAGGUGGCGUUUCGCGAGGUGCCUCACGAGGCGUUCAAGGCGGCCCUUCCGCCGGCUGCGGCACAAGAGUUGUUGGAGAAUAUGCUUCUGCUCCAGGAGCCCGGGUAUUACGCCGGUGCUGACCUCAAGGACAGCCUUGAGCUCUUGGGACAGGACAAGCCGACUACGUGGAAGGCGUUUGUGGAAGAGAACAAGGCCAAGUGGGAUUAA